CUUUUCUAUUUUCUUUCCGCUCAGAUCUAUAUUAUACAUCCGUCCAGCAGGUGGCGAUAAUAAACUGAGACGUUUCUUUCUAGCCUCCAUUAACCCCAGAAGCAGAGUCGGCUUUGUUGUGUCUUCUGAGCUGAGUUUUUGUGUCUCUGCAGCAACAAUGUCUUCAUCUCAGUCUCUGAGAGAGUUUAUCAGGGAGCGACUGACCGCUGCUGCUGAAGAAAUAUUCUCAGAGUUUGAUAAAACCAUCGUCCACUACGAGGAAGAGCUGGACCGUCAGCGCAGACUGCUGGAAAUCAGUUUGCAAACCCCAGAUAAACCUGCAGAGAAUAGACCUCCCACAGGCAGAGCAGAUGCCAGAGACACAGGGAGAUGUUGAACCACCACAGAUAAAAUAUGAACCAGAAGAGCUAGAAACUCUCAAGAUGCAAGAAAGCCAGGGUGAACAAGAGAGUCUUUAUACAAAAGAAGAACAGGAAGAAACGCCACUGCCACAGAUAAAAUUUGAACAGGAGUCUCCAGAACCACAACAGAUAAAGGAUGAACAGGAUGAAGUCUCUAUCAAUCUGGAGAAAGGCCAGCUUGCACUGAAGCAAGAUACUGAUACCAUUAUAGAGAAUCCUACUUAUGAAGAAAGAGACUGCUGGGAACCAGAACCAAACUCGGGCCAACUUCUUGUGCAGAGCUCUGCUGAACAUGAAGACCAGGAAAUGAGCGACGAUGAAGACUCAGCAUCAAGUAGAGAUGUAGAACUGAACCUAGAUAAGCAACAUCAGAAAAUCAGAGGUCACAGAGACAAUGUGGAUAAUCCAGAUUUAAAAAGACAAAAGAAAACACAUAUGAAUGAUAAUCUGUCUCCUUGUAAAGUGUGUGGUAGGUUUUUUGCUAGGAAUUACUUAAAUCAGCACAUACAAAUUCACACAGGUGAGAAGCCUUUGUCAUGUUUGACCUGUGGGAAAAUUUUCAAUGAAAGUGGAACCUUAUCUAAGCACAUGAGAACCCAUACAGGUGAGAAGUCUUUCUCGUGUUUGGUUUGUGGUAAAAGCUUCUCUCAAGGUACUAGCUUGUCUGGUCACAUGAGAACUCACACGAGUGAGAGGCCUUUCUCAUGUUUGACCUGUGGAAAAAGUUUCAGUGAAAAAGGAAAUUUAUCUAUGCACAUAAGAACUCAUACUGGUGAGAAGUCUUUCUCAUGUGUGGUUUGUGGAAAAAGUUUUGUUCAGCAUAUUCACUUGACUCGUCACCUUAGAACUCACACCGGUGAGAGGCCUUUCACAUGUUUGACCUGUGGAAAAUGUUUCACUCAAAGAAGUAGUUUGUCUAAUCACAUGAGAACUCACACAGGCGAGAAACCAUUCUCAUGUCAGACGUGUGGACAAGCAUUUAAAGAAAGGGGAAGUUUAUUUCACCACAGUAGAAUUCACACUGGGGAAAAGCCUUUCUCCUGUAUGACGUGUGGAAAAAGCUUCUGUCAAAAAAGCAAUUUGACUGUUCAUUUGAAAACUCACCAAGAUCAGCAAGUUUAAUUUUGUUACUCUCAAAAAGUGGUCUACAUCAGAACUACUACGAGAGAAGUUGGACUCUGCUUCAUCAUAAAAAUGUCUGUGAUGAAGUGAUUUAAAGUAGCUGUAUACUACAAAUAUGAGAUUAGGAUCUGUUGCAGGCAGAACCUCGUUAAAUAAUGCAUGGAUUCUGUACUGUGUCAUUUAAAACUGUGCUUUCUUUUAGUCACUGACCACUCGGCCUGGCAAGCAUGCCUAUAUGUCUCAUCACCAUACAAAGUGAGGACGAUGUUAAAGAAGGCAAAAACAUAAAACCCCAAUGUUCAGAGAGCAAAAAGAGCAAAGGGUGGUCAUCACAAAGUCUCUCCUAAAUUCUAAAAGAUGCUAUGCUUAUCUCCAGCAGUAACAACAGUAACUGGGUCAGAUUUAAAAUGUCAGAUUUAAAAUGUCACCUAAUACCCACUGUUAAGUAUAGUACGGUAUCUGUGAUGCUUUAGACCAGUUUAUUGAAUGAAAGAAAUUCAAAUUUAUCGUCCGAGAAACAUGGUGACAUUGUAAUACUGCAGAGUAAUAUAACUGACUUUUUGAAAUAAUGAUUUGCCAGACAUUACUGUCAAUGGUACAAAGCCCCUAAAGGGACAUUGAAGGGAAAUUUAGAAAAUCUCUAAUCUCUAAAUCUCUACUCGUGCGCACUAGUUACUUUCGGUAUCAGGUGCGCACCAGAAAGUAGUUUUCUUUUUGAAUUUCUCUUCAAUGUCGCUUUAAGGGCUCAGUGCAAUGGCAGUCACAGUCCUUAGGCAUGGGCCACUUACUGGUUUCACGGUAUGAAAAUGUAGUUUGUUUCAAAAUCACAAAAGUUUUCCGUCAUAUUGCUACUGUGAUAUGGGGUUGUUGUUUUUUUUCUAUCAGUCUAGUCAGAGAGAAGGUGGUCAGAUCCCUUAGGUUGUGUGGUGCUCCAGCAUCACAACCUCUCCCCCUGUGCACUCCUGUAUAGCUGCUAGCUCUGCAGAUUGUAUGAUUGUUGAAAGAGGCAACCACCACAAAGUUUUUCCUGUCUAAAACAAUAAGUCAGCUGGAUGGGAAUACUUCGGCUACCGUAAGAAGAUGGACGGCAACAGCUGGAUGGAGAGGUUGCCCUACAUGCAAGAUGUGGUUUAGCACAGUUGUGGCCAGACGAGGCAAUGCCAUUGAUAUGUAAUAUACAUAUAUCGAUGGGCAAUACAUCCAAUAUGAAGUUUAUGCCAUAUUGAAAUGAACGAGCUACCUGCUAUCUGCUUCACUGAUGUGUCAGGCAUUAGUGAAGCAGAUACUACCACCUUGUUACCGAGGUAGACAGCUUGCUGAUUGUACUGAUCACAACUUCUCUGCCAGAGUGCUUUGGAGUUGUUAAAUGUUUUUAUUUAAUUAGUUUUAAUUGAAAGGGGGAAAAAAACAAAUGCCUCCAUGGCAAUAGCUCAAAUUUUGUGUAGCCUGGACUCUUUACGAAUACUUGUAAUUUCUGUUGCUUCUACUAUUUAUAUAUAGUGUUUACCUAAAACUCCAGAAUGUAAAAUAUAAUAAUCCCUCGCAACAUGAUACAUUACGUUAACAACAAAGACAACUGUUGUUGCGCAGUAUACCCUAAAACCUCCUGUUCACUUUUAGCUUUUUAAAGUUAAUAAAAGGGUUGCCUGAGUUCUAUCAGGGUGUUUUUAAAUCUUGUGUUUUUUUUAAGCUCUAAAGAUUAAGAAUGUUUAACUCUUUGCAUUGGUUUUUAGAAGAGCCUUUGGUUUAUGAAGCGAGACUGGAUGUCUGUGGCAGCAUGGUGUUAUGUCUGUCCGAGGCGCUGUGUAAGUCUGGGAUAGUGACCGUAAGGCAGCUGGUGGAGGUGGCCGGACCGGACCAUGACGAUGUCCAAGACGUAGGGGUCCGGUCAGUCAGGUUGGUGCGGUGACACUUGGACCUGGUGAAAGAGAGGAUGACAGCUGGAGAGAGGCAUCUUUUGCAGAAAACACACCUCAGCCUGACCCAGGAUGUCCACCUGGAUCCUGACUUUACAGAGGACAGUGGUCUUCUGCUACAAAAUGUGAACUUAAAGAUGGACCUGUGCAGCACAGGCCCAAAUGUGCUGUAUCAGACAUUUGUUAAGAUUCUUAACAAGAGAAUUCUGCAAAACAGAGCAUGGGACAACAAGUUUGGAGGACAGAAACCCCAGUGGAGGACUCUCUAUAAGCCCCCGAUAAGAAAACGGACUGCUGAUCUUCACUUAGGAUCCUUCAUGGCGCUAUUGCAACAAA